AUGGAGAGGUCUCUGGACUUGGGCAAUAUGUCCAGAGUGCAAAAGUUUAUCCUCCUGGGUUUACCUGCCAGGCAAGGCAUAAGCAUUGUGCUGUUUGCCGUCUUCCUGACUCUAUACCUGUUGACCCUCCUGGAGAACACGCUCAUCAUUUCCCUUGUCUGCAGUCAUGGUGAGCUCUGAAAGCCCAUGUACUUCUUCCUGGGCAACCUGAGCUGCCUGGAGACGUGCUACAUGUCAGUGACCAUGCCCAGCUUGCUCGUGGGGCUGAGGUCCAGUGCAUGCCAUGUGCCCUUCACAGCCUGCAUAAUUCAGCUUUUUUUAUUCAUCUCUCUCCCUGGCACCAAGUGCACCCUCCUGGCCUCCAUGACCUACAACCACUAUGUGGCCGUCUGCCGCCCACUACACUACCUGCUGCUCCUGAGGCCCCAGAUCUGCCUGGGUUUAGCUUUGUCCUCAUGGCUUGGUGGGCUGUUGGUCUCGGUGGUCAAGAUAUCAUGCAUCGCCAGCCUGUCCUACUGUGGCCCCAAUGUCCUCAACCAAUUUUUCUGUGAUGUCUCCCCUCUGCUCAACCUGUCCUGCACCCACGUGACCCUGACGGAGCUGGUCGACUUCAUCUCUGCCGUCGUCAUCUGCGGGACCCUGCUAGUUGCUCUGGCCUCGUAUGCGGCCAUCAGGAGGGCUGUGCUCCAAAUGCCUUCGGCUGCUGCCGGCAGCAAACCGUCCACCUGCGCCUCCCACCUGAUUGUGGUGGACAUCUUCUGCUCAGUGGUUCUCUUCACGUAUUCCCGCCCCAGCCGUGUCGAACCCACUGACCUCAACAAGUUGCUGUCCGUCAUCUACACGGUGGCCACGCCCAUGUGCCCUGAUCUAGUCUACUGCCUGCGGAACAAGGAGGUCCGCGCAGCGCUGCGGAAAACCCUCCCCCAGCGCCGAGUCUCUUCAGCGAGAACUGACAUUUCCUGCUCCUGA